UACUCAUCGAAAUGAAGCAUACGUUGCUAUUUUUUUUUCUUGUCCGAAUAUCUUUUGCCGAUGAUGAUCAAGGUAAUUUUGAAUUAAUAAAUAAUUUUAUUACCGGUGUAAGAGAAUUUCCAGCUCCGGAUAAAUUGGCCAGAGGCGUUUAUACCAAUGAUUUAAUUGAUAAUACCACUUAUUUUAUUAGUGAAAUUAUUAAAAAUUUUUUAGCCGAGUAUUAUUAUCAGGUGUCGAGAGCAAAAGCCGCGAUGAUCAGAGACAUGGAAAAUGCAGUUGAACGAUUAACUGACGAAUCGUCAAUGGUUUCCCCUGAGAAUGAUGUUAAAAAAAUAAACAUUUUAUUAGAAAAAUUGAUCAACUGUUUACCAGGUAAUGUUAAAAUAAAACGUAAAGAAUUACCUCCAUUGCCUUCAUACAACAGAAAAGUGGAAACUCAUAACGGAAAUGAAGAAUUUUCAAGUCUUUUUAUAAAUCUUGCAUCGCAUAUUGACAGAGACUUUGCCAGCAUUCAUGAUCUAAUUAACGGAAUUUUUUUAUCCGGGUGGCAGAAAGCUAGAUUGUCAUUAAAUAAAAUUCAAGAUCAAUUGAGAGAAGAUGAACUGAAUCAACUUGUUCGUUCAUUUGCCGCGGAAAUUAGCAAAAUAAAUAAUAAACAAGAGAUUAUUCAGGCACAAGUGACAACUAACACUUGGCAGACUUAUAAUCAACUCAAUCAACGAGUUCAAUUAGCUCUACAAUCACUUUAA